CGGUAGCUUGAAACGGAUACCUUAGGCCGAGUGAGAAGCUAGCCUCAUUCGAUAUCUGACUCUCGGACCAGUCGUUUCGGCUUCAAAAUUUAACAAAAUUCCAAAUUCUUUUUCGAACAAGUUUCAACCAAAAUACGCUAGGAGAACUCAAGAUGUGCAACGGGUGUGGAUGCUGUGGACCCUCUCCUUGCCCUAAGCGCUACCUUGUUAACAAGGACAACAUGCCCUGUGUUUGGUGUGGGCCGUGCAAGGCUCACUGCUACAACACUCCGCCCAAGUGCUGUUGCUAGGUUCCGGAUCCCCGGCUUUGAUCCCCACUCCUCUCCCCAUUUUCACCCAUAACUGCGUGCGGUUUCUAAGUGGCUCUGAAAAACUCUUUGGGUGAGAUGCUCACCUGGAUGACUGUUUGGUUGGAACUGAAUCGAACGCAGCUACGAUCAAGAUGAAGGACGAUAAGCCGAUUACAGUCGUCUUGAUUUAAGCUUGCACUUUGACAUUUUUUUAGGCCAAUUUAGACUUCAAAUUAAAAAAGAUCAAUACGAA